UCCAUGUAUAUCAAGGGUGAGUAAGAUAGCUAGCUGCCAAUGUAUACUAAUAGGUUUUAACAUUAGAGGUGUUAGCUAGCUAUCUAUACAUCUAUGUAUACCAAUAGGGUGAGUUAGCUAGCUAGAUAUCUAUGUAAACCAGUGUAUUUUAAUUCAAGCUGAGUUAGCUAGCUAGCUAACUUGGACCUACAACAAUAAUGAAAGCUCUAAAUUUAAAAAGUUAAGUAAUAAUAUACCUCCACCAACAUCACAUAUUAUAUAUAUGUGCAGUAUGAUGAAACUGGCUCUCAUCAGGAUCGCUCCAGUCGUGAGGUUGGUGACGUAGCUGCUUUGGCCCCUCCCCCCUGCCUUUGUUCCCAUGAUGCUGUGCUGUCCGUGGUGCUGAAGCUGGGAGGCAGAGAGGGGGUUAGAAAGAGCUGAGCUCAGCCGAGAAGAGAGGAAAAGAGAGGAGAGGCUCAAUGCUCCCUUCCUCCAUCUAUUCAUCUAUCCAUCCAUCCUUUCCUGCAUCCAGGACAGCGCGUGCCGGAGCAUCCUCAGUGGCAGCAGCAGCAGCAGCAUCAAAGUGACGGCAUGGCUCCGUGAGGAGCACGACGAUGGAGGCUAAGCAUCAGCAUCAGCACCAGUUUCAGCAUCAGUAUCAGCAUCAGCACCAGUUUCAGCAUCCUCAGCAUCCUCCACAGCAACAGCAGCAGCAGCAGCGCCCGAGCAAGAGCACGAGGAGCCACCAGGAGGACAGGGGAGUAGGAGGAGGAGGUGGGGGAGGAGGAGGUGGUGGUGGAGGAGUUGUUGGUUGUGGUGGUGGUGGUGGUGGUGGUGGAGGAGGGGUUGGAGGGACAGCAGGGCACCGUUCCGAGAUGGAGAUGCAGGCGAAGAUCCAGAAAGCCGUGGACUUCAAGCUGGAGGGCCAUCGCUGUUACAAGGAGAAGAAGUUCCGCGAGGCCAUCGGCAAGUACCACCGGGCCCUGCUGCAGCUCAAAGGCAUCCACGGCUCCGAGGUGGAGCUGCUGAACCAGGCGGCGUCACGGCUGACCGAGGAGCAGCGGAGAGCCGUGGAGAGCACCGAGAUCGAGUGCUACGACAGCCUGACAGCCUGUUUGCUGCAGUCGGAGCUGGUGAAUUACGAGCGGGUGAAGGAGUAUUGUUUGAAGGUGCUCGGUCAUCAGCAGGACCAUUUUAAAGCCAUGUACCGCGCCGGGAUCGCUUUCUACCACCUGGGAGAUUACGAGUGUGCCCUGCGCUACCUCCGCGACGCCAAGAGCCGCGAGCCCACAGACACAAAUGUGUUGCGGUACAUCCAGCUGACGGAGAUGAAGAUGAGUAAGAGCGGUCAGCCGGUCCGAGAGCCCGGCAAAGAGGCCUUGGGUUAACGUCCUGUCCAUCAUCCCACCCCCUCCAAACUACUCUCCACAGAUCUGCCCCCUCUUUUGCUCCCUACUGCUCCCCCUCGACCCCACGGACAACCAGGACCCCUGUACUGUGCCCUGCUCUGAGGAUGGACUCCUGUUGGCACAGAUUCUGAAACGAGAAGCCCCCUAUUGGCUCUUCCUCUCGCUCUGAGUCCUCUCUGUCCCUUUAAACCCAAAACCAACCAACAGAACGACCAACCAACCGCCCGGUGCUUUCUGUUUCCCAGAGGAACGGGACUAUAAACGCUGAGAGACGUGCUGUAUUAUAAAACCGGAGGAACGUGGACCUGCUGAUGGAGCUGCUGAAGUUCUGUAGAGAGCUGGCCGUGUGAUGUUACCGUGUGAUCACGAUAUAUUUAUCAAUAGAUGAGAAGAUGAGCACACAUAUCAUAGCCGCGGUGCUUCGGCAUGGAGGAGGCAAGACAAAGCCUACGAUAAAAAAAUGUAAAAAAAAAAAGCAAUUAAGACCCUUAAGACCCUUUCACAACGAGUUCGAGUAUUUUUAACAUAGUAAUAAAAUGCUUUUCUGGUGAGCUUUUGUUUACAUCCCUCCCCCAUGUCUCUCUGUCACAAUCAGCAUGACUUUAGUACUUUAGUUUCCGCCCGUUCUUAGGCUCUCCUUAUAAGCUCUCCUUAUAAGGGCGUUUUUUUUUUCCUGGUGUUCUGUCGAGUUGUGCUACCUUGUCAAAUCGUGCUACCCUAGUAGUAUUUAAUUUAUUUUAAAUGUAAAAAUACAAAGAAGCACAUUAUUAGCACCAUAUUAGAAAAUACUCCCAACAUAAGCCUAGGUAGGAUAUGUGGAUAGGCUAAAUCACUGUAUCAGGUAAAGGAAAAAAGUUAUGGUCAUUUACGUGAUUAGAAACCGUAUUUUUUUAUACCGUAUAGUUUUUUAAAUCGGGUUCUUGCUCUUCUGACCCGGUUCUAAAGGGUAGGGGUACAAAUGAGAAAUGGGAUUGAGCCCAAGUCCAGUAUGUUUUCUUUUUUUUUUUUAACCUUUUUUAACCAUUUGCUUCGUAAAUGGUCCACUCUUUCUGUUUCUCUGCUCCCUGUCCACUUCUGCUCUCUUUUAUCUCGAGAAAAGAGCUUCUUCUAGACAAACCCAAACCUUUCAGCUCCAAAAUCACCACGUAUUUUCUUUACCUUUUCAUUUUUAUUAUGAGAUUGUUGAUCAGAAUAUCUGAUUUUAUGUUUUAAGACAAACAAGGUCACAUGUUCUGCUUUCAGCUUAAUGCUCAUUGGGUUGUUCUACAGCCAUAAUAAGAGCUCUGAUUGGUUAGACUGAUUUUAACUCAUGUGAAACCUGAAAAAAUUAAGAAUUUAAUAUAUUGCUGAUCAUUUUUAAUAUUUAACGUAUGUUCUUUGUCCCAAAAAACAUGAAUACUCGAUGUGAAAGGGCCUUCAGGCCAGAGGUGACCGCUGUGGAGCGUUUCUCAUCCCACACCUCGCUCUUUCUCGCCAAAGGACUCGAAAAACGAAAGGUUGCUGAGCUCGAUCCACACCUGCCUGCUUUACCGUUCUGUUAUUUCUCUCUCUCUCAAAUUUGGGCAUAUUUUCAUAUGUUGGUCAUCGUUUCUGAACUCUUUCGAUUCAAGGGCUAAUUCAAGUAUUUGUAAUUCGUCCUCUGAUGCCUCUUUUUUUUGUUUGAUCUUUCUGUUUCGCUGUUCGCUGGUCAUUGUACAGUACAAUCAGUGGUUGAAGCAAGUUUGUGAUGUUUGUCUUUCUCCAAAAAACUGAAAAAUGAAACAAAAAACAAAAAAAAACUCAAGCGAAUUUCCGUCCCGUUGUUAAAACAGGUGUUUUGUGAACCAAUGUCUUGAAUUUGUCGUCCGUUUUCUUUUCUGAAACAUAGUUGUCAGAUAACAGUCGUCAGAAAGUUGGGGGGCUUUAGUCCCCUGUACCCCCCUUUGCUUUGUACCCCCCCAUCGCACAAUGUUCAGGCCGAGCUAUAGAGAUUAUAUAGUGUGUUAUAGAUAAAGUGCCCAUAUUCGUUAAGGUGCUUCAAAAUAGAAGGUAUAUAGAAGAACCACUUUUGGGUCCUAACCCUUUGUUCACACUAGUAGACGACCAGUUAUUUUCUAUGGCACGACUCGAUUUGUAGGAGCGAAUUGGCGACAAAUCGUAUUUAUACCAACUGACGCAAAACAUGGUGGGCCUAGAACUUUUGGUUCCUACAAGCAUUUGGUUGUUCAUAUUCUAUCAGUGUGGUUCUGAACCUGAAAAAGAGGCUCAGAACCAGCAAUUCUCCUAUUUCUGUUUUAUUAUCAUGCAUAUUUGAUAAAAAAUGAACUGUGGAAGAAAGUAGCAGAUGGCUCGAUAGGUGUUAGCUUGCCAGAUUAGCUAGCAUGCUAACCAGCAAAACUUGAUACACUCUCAGUUGUGAAAAUGUGAGUGGAUGCAUUACUUAUGCUUAAUAUACACCUAAGUUUAAUCUACAUCUUAACCUAAACCUAAACUUAAUCUCAUAACCUCAUUUUAAACCUAAAUUUAACCUAAAACUAACCUUAAUCUACUCCUAAACCUAAACUCAACCUAUUACACCUUAACUUGAACCAAAAUUUAACCUACACCUCAGCCUAAAUCUAAACUUAAUCUACAUCUCAGCCUAAACCUAAACUUAAUCUAGACCUCAAACUAAACCUAAGCUUAACCUUAGCCCCUGUCUAAACCUAAACUUAGUUGUUACGUCUCAACAUAAUCCUAAACUUAACCUACGCCAACGAUGGACACAUUUGGGGCAAAGUAGGCAACUUGUCACCUGUCAGUGUGAACACAGGAAAAAAAACUUGCUUGUAAUAGAGAUGAGUAAGUGUGAAGAACAUUUACAAUUUACGUAAAUAGUAAAUAACCAUUAAUUAACUAUUAUUAUAACACAGUUAGUUCUGACCCUGCAGUGUGAUUGGCUGAGAGGCGUUUUAUGAGUGCCAUUAUGAGCUGGUAAUGCACUGUAACCGAAGCUCUCCAUUUAUUACUUCCACAUACAGGUAACCUAGCAACGGUGCAGCGCUUACAAGCCAAACUGCGCAGCUACAAACAGAGCAGCAAUGGAACUAUUUUAAGUGGCAGAGUGUUUAUAACCAAUCAGAUUCUAUUUUCUCCUCCUCUUUAACUCUUUUAAUAAAAAGUGAUAAUGGAACUGUGGCGUAAUCACAAUAAUACACUCGAGGUUUGUGCUAUAACCUGUAAUAUUGGCACUGCUGUGUUGUUCUACGGCUGCAACAGAUCAGUGCCAAUAUUACACGUUAUAGCACAAACUUCGAGUGUAUUAUUGCUUAAAUAAAACAAUGUUCUUUCCUAUACAAUAUCUCAUUUCUAUUACAAGCACUGUUUUCUUUAAAAACCUGAAAGUGGGUUUUCUAUGAUAUCGCCUAAAGAACAGUUUGAAGCACCUUUAUUUAUAAGUAAUUCCACCUUUAAAGAUAUGUGGUUUUACCUU